UUGGAUGGGGAGGAACCUGACUAAGGACCAUUAGAAAGAUUUGUACCCACCAGUCAUUUGUAUCAAGGGAAGAGAAGGUUAUUACUGGGCUGAGGACUUUCCACUUUCUUCUCAUGUGGCAAUGGGGAGUCACUGGACAUUUUUGGCGGGUUAAGGGGGAAGGAUUUCAGCUGAACUGGGAAAUAGGAAGAUAACUCUAGCAGGCAGUGAGGGUUAAGUGACUUGCCCAGGGUAACACAGCUAGUGGAGACAGCAGAGAACCAUGGAGAUUCUCCUCUAUGUUUUGCUGGGAACCCUGUUGUUUGUGGAGUCUGCUCACUGCUUGCAGUGUUUAUCCUGUGCUGGGGUCAAUGACUUAAGCUCAUGUCGGCCUAAGACUUGUACAGCUGAGGAAACCAUCUGUGCCAAGGCCGUGCUGACUUCACAACUUGGGCCUCCAGUGAAAUCCUAUAUCAUGGACUGUGCUACUUCCUGUGAAAAGGUUAAAGAGACAUUUUUGGAGAUUAUACCUCAAGGAUUCAGUGGGGAUGUGUCCUGUUGCAACACUGAUCUGUGUAAUGGUGUGGGUGGGAUCAGGGGCAGCCCCUGGGCCCUGGCAGGGGCCCUCAUCCUCAGCCUGAUACCUGCCCUUCUCUGGGCUGGGCUGUGA